CAAAAGUACAGCCAUACACUUCCUAUCGUACUGCUGAUUGCUUGGAAGAGUGCUCUGACUGGCUUGAAAGUGUCUAGUUUCGUGACAUCAAUGAAGGAAUAUCCGAGGGUUAUAAUGCAUCUUGUCCUUGUGGAAGACACAGAAACUGAAGUCCUUUUGCCCGAUCUCGUAGAAGCUAUACGAGCAACAGGGGCACAUAUAUACAAUUUGCCACAGCAAACUACCUUGAUGUCUAAUAAGAUUAAAGUCAUUCUGGCAAACAUUAUGAAAAGUCCCUUCCAUCUCGAAGAUAAUAUCAUUGUGGUACACGAAGCGACCUUCAUGGAUAUCAAGACAAACGAAUUAAUUAAUGAUUCUUUUGUUACGCCAAAACAAGCUAUUGGAAAGUUAUUGUAUGUAUUGCAUUGCAAUAACAGCGAAUUUGAAAUUCGCAACGGUGACUGUACCAUUUCUAGUCCAUCACAUAAAUGCGUGAAAGCUGUGGAAUUAAAGAAUAAUGAAGAAGCUAUGUGGAAUUACACAUAUGUAUUCCGAAGUGGUGUCUAUCGUCAUAUCUGCUCUUCGGUAGCUCUUCUUUCACUAAAUCCAAUGUCGGAAAAUUCUUACACUUUAAGAGGUUGGCUGAGCAGCAACACGAUAAUUCCAGGUGAUAGUGGACUUAUUAUUUAUGCCGAAAUCGCCAGCUUAUCAAAUCGCUUAUUGAAACAAGCAUACCGUGUUGGAGCUAGAAUUUCAGGACCAGGAAUAAUGAAACCUAUCGACAUUGAACUUUUGGACAAUGGAAAUGGAGAUCCUGAUACAAAAAAAGGCGAUGGAAUCUUCAGCCGGUACUUCACAUUGUUUGAAGAGAAAGGGACGUAUGUUGUAAGCGUUUUCUCAAGCGUUGCAACACCUGAAGAGGCAAUGUUUGUCACAGGUUACUCUUCAAAAAAGGCAAUCACUCCAGUUCAAACAAAAAUCGUUGGCUUUUUCACUGUUCUCAAGAAACCGCCACCGGUGGACAUAAUCCCUCCCAAUCGGAUCUGUGAUUUGAAAGUUAUUUCUGUGAACCAUGAGAAUAAUACAGUAGAACUUCAGUGGACUGCACCUGGAAAUGACUAUGACUAUGGAAAUGCUGCAGGAUAUGAUGUAUACAUCACAGAAGAUUGGAAAGAUCUUCAAGAUUCAAUGCUUACAAAAAUACUGCCACAGAAAUUGCGAGACGCUGAAGCUCUUAAACCACAAGAUGCAGGAGAGAAGGAACAAAGAAAAUUUACUUUAGAAAAGAAACCAGAACCCGUUUUAUACUAUAUAGCAGUCAGAGGUAUAGAUAAUAUUGGUAAUAAAGCUAAAUUAUCUAACGUAAUCCAAGUUUUUAUACGGAAACUGGAAGAUGCUACAAGUAUCGACACUGUUGAAAACAACACCAAAAACUCCACAGACAGUCCAACAGAAAGUACAUUAAAAUCUCAUUUAUCGAUGGAUGAUUUCCGCUUUUACAUACUUGCUGCAGCACUCAGUGCAGUCAUCUUAAUUGUCAUUUUGAUAAACAUUUUAAUCUGGGUAUUUUGUUUAAAAAAAUAUAAGGCUAAAUGUGCCACAGAUAGAGCAGCCAAAGAUGCAUCUGAAAAUAAAGAAAUACCACCAUGCCACAGUACAGAGAAUAGCAUUCUAAAUAGCAAUUACGGAAAACAGCAUGGGUAUGUGAACAGGGCAAUGAUUCAGUCUACUUCUGGAACAGAUGAACAAAACAGAGAACUAGAGCACAUCAGCAUAGGUAAUCCAUCAGUUUUGUAUGGAAAAGUGAACAAAAAAGAGAAAACUAAAAAUCUAACAAAAAGUAGAUCUCAAGAGCAUGAAUUUGAAACGAGAAAAUCUUUACACAUACACCAAAAUGAAGAAGAUGAUUUAGGUCUUGUGUGAAAGUCAUGUAAAGAUAACAUUUUAAUUUAUUUCUUAAUAGAUACACACCAUCAUUCACAUUGUUCUCUGUCAGUUCAAAAGAUAGAAACCAGUCUACCUACUUAGCCAAAAGAUAAGCAUCAGCUGCAGAAAUUUUAUUGAUAACCAUUUUAUAAUGAGUUGGAUAAAUAAAAUAUAUUUACUAAAGCAGUGAUCUCAACCUUUUUAAAAAUGCUGCCCUCUUAGUCACAAGUAAAGGUCUGACGUACCUCUAAGAUGAAAUUUCCUCAAAUAAAAAGUUUUUUUAAAUUUUAACCUCUUGGUUAAUUACAUAGCUUGUCUUUAAUCAGUUAAAAACGCAUUUUUUAAAUGUAAGUAUCUUGAAUUCGGCAAAGCUGUAUCAAGAAUUCUUUAAUUUUAUCUUAAAAUCACUCUCUUUAAAGAAGAGUGAAAUGGUCCAGAAAAGCAUUCUUCUUUUUUUUCUGCGAUUUGUUUGAAGCUUUCAUACCAAGUUUGGUCUAGUAUACUAUAUUAUUGUUUUAUGAUCAUCAGGAAGAGAACAAUUUUCUCCCUUUUCUGCUGAAAGAUGCUUCAUAAAGAUGACUGAACAGUCAGCAGUUUGAGGAAAUUCAUUAAAUCUUUGAAACCAAAAAUCUAUUACGGAUGUUUUCGUAAAAUUUCAUUUGAAAAUUAUAAUUUCUCUCUUUUCUUGGAAAAAUGUGCAUUAGAAAUAAAAUUUCCUAGUUUUCAAUUAAAUCUAGACAGUUCAGUGAAUCUCAGUUUUCCAAAGACGGAACAAGAAAAAGACAGACUUCUACCCCACUUACUCCAGAGUUGACAGUAUCUUCUAACUUUUAACGCACUGAAGAUAGAAUCAAUAUUGAAAUAAUAUAGAAAAGUAACCUUGGAUUGGACAUCAAUAUUAAAAUUUUAUAAAGAAAAGCAAUCUUAGAUUGGCACAGGUUUUGAAUAAAAACUCUUAUCAAUUCGAGGGCGAUCUGGCAUAAAUCUUUCUUCUUGAAGAGAAAAGUAAAAAUUCCACUCUCCGGAAGAAAAGCUUUUUUUAAAAAAAAUUACAUUAUCCUUGAGAGAUAUGGCCCCACCAGAGACCAAGUGUUUAAGACCACUGAAUAAUGGGAGCUCGACUCUUCUACCCUAGGAGUCUGCUAUUUAAUUUUCAUGGUUUUCUUCAUGUGUAAUGUGGAUAUGAGACAAGUUUCUCUUAGAAAUUCCUCCAUGAAAGCAUCCUUCCACUUAGCUCUUGUGUGCUUUGCCAUAUUCGAAUAAUCUAGCAACUUGAGCAAUACACAUGCAACUGUUUGAGUACCACUAGCUUAAAAUUUUCUUUAUGUUUACCCAUAUACUCAUGUUUGAAAAAUUGCAACACAAUGUUGGAAAUCAUUAGAUCAGAAAGAUAUUUACACAGCAUAUUACUAGUACAAAUAAACAAUUAAAGUUUCAGACCAAUACUACAACACUACUGGUAUUUUUCUAAGCUUCAUUAACAAAUAUAAUAGCUUCUAUACUUUGUGGCAACAACUAUAAGAGACUUUGGAUAAGUCAUAUGUCCAUGGUGUACUAUUGGCAGGUUGAUUCAAUAUGAAUACAAAAAUCACUGUUAUUAACUGCUGAAGAAGAAUGAUGUGCUGAUCGCCAGGUGACCAUAACAACACAUGUUCAUCCUAAUAGUUAAGCCUAGAAAGAAGCUAUAGCCACUGUGCUGCAAAGACGACUUUGAAAUUUUAGGCAACAUAUAAUGGGCGGUGUCGUGUUGGAAUAUGCUUUACAGGCGUAUAUGAUUACACUGGAAGACAGCAUGCAGCAAUAUCUUUUAAUGCCUAUGUGGCUAUAAUUUUAUUCCAAGUUACAAUAGACUCAUCAGAAAACAAUGACCUAUAACAAAUACAUAUAAGCCACUGUCUGUGGUUAUGUGUCACCGUCCAUUGUAGCCUAAUUCAUCGAUGGUUUCACAUUCAUGGUAAUCAUUCGCAAAAGGAUGCUUGCAUACUUUUAUGUAGCAGAUGCUAUCGAAUUAUGAAAGCAGACAUUGAUAUGACAUUGAAGUUGAUAUUGAAUGAUAAAGCAGAUAUUGAUACUGUAGCAAUGUUCUAAUGUUAAGUGUACUUCCAAAAUUUCAAUUAUUUCGUUUUUCUUCAGACCAUUUCUUUCAUGCUUGUAUCAUCGUUAGGUGUUGUAAUCAGAAUGAACAAUAAUGUUGCGGUAUAAAGACUUCCUCAGAAAAAUGCAAACAGUCAUUUAUGUUAUCCUUUCCAGAACUCUGCAGUUUUUAAUGUGAUGGCUUUUGACAUUGAUGAGUUACACUCCUACAGGACAUUUACUAAUUCAUUGCCUAAUCACUCCUACAGGACAUUUAUCAAUUCAAUGUUACAUCUUCACCCAACUUUUCAAAGAUAUGCUGCGAAGCCCAGGCAUGAUACCUAUUCAUUUUCUGUUAUUAACCAUCUGCACAUCAGACUCUGCAUCACAUUUCUUGUAAACUCGUAUUCUGCUAAUGCUUUAAUGAUGAUGCAUUUUUCAUAAAUAUGGAUGUAUAUAUAUAUUUGUAGAUCAAGCACUGUGCAUCCAUAGUUUUGAAACGUUCCGUAAGGUAUUUAUCCAGUUGUUUACUCUCACCAUUAUUAAGAAUUUAUGUAUUUUUCCCCUUUCAGUUCAUAAAAAGUCUUAACAUUUUAUAUACUCAAGAUAGUUUCAUUAUGUUUAUAUAUUUACUGCAUAAAUAUAUACACCAGAUGAAGUUAAUAAAAAUAUAAAUGCCCUCUGAUGAUACUAUUUGUAACUAUUACCCCCUCCACUGAAAGAAAUUUCCAUCAUUUCAUUAUAUCUGCCCCAACAUUUAAUGAUUUUCUGACUACUCGUUUCACAUGUAAGCAGCUUUCAAACAGGCUUCUUUAAUUAUGAAUAAUCUGUAUAUAGUAUUUUAAAAAUUGUUAUAAUUAUUUUAAUAUUUCUUACCUCCAAAUUUUAUUUUUUAACCAACACUUAGUAACACAUUUCAUAAGAAUUUUGCAGAACUAAAUAUACAAAUUAUUAUAGGACAUGGGCACUUAGCUGCUCUGGUUGUCGCUUUCAUUAAUGUGCAUGUGCAAUUUAACCAUACUAGUCUAUUUGGUUUCAGAUAGCAAUUUUUUGCUAUAUUUUGUGCUUUAAUAUUUUAUGCUCAAAUAUAAAAAAUAUAGUAAAAACAAACAAAAAUGAUUAUCACAAACAAAACAGGGCUAUUUUUGGUUAGAUUGCACAUGUGCAUUUGAUGAAAAUGUAGUACACUGCAUAUGGGCUAAUAUGUGUAAACAAAAGAAUUCACUAAGUAGCACUGGAAUUAACAACAAAUAAGAUAGGCUAUUCUAGCAGUCAAUUAAACUUUUAAUUUUUCAAUUAA